CGUGAUAUCCUUCAUCGAUUUUUAAAAACACCGGCUUUAGCAGGCUCGAUCCAUCCUUCGACCACGUGACUUCCCCCAAACCAGAUGUAAACAAAGCUCACAGAAACUUUAACUUCCAAUGUAAGAAGCAGGAGAAAAAUUAAAUUUUUGAAAAAUGUCAGUUGGAUUUAUCGGGGCAGGGCGAAUGGCCCAGGCUUUGAGCCGAGGUUUUAUUUCUAAAGGUAUUGUAAAGCCCCAGAAGAUGAUGGCAAGUGACCAAUCAGAAUCCAUCCUGGACUUUAUGAAGAAGCAGGGGGUCUCCACCACUAACUGUAACAUUGAGCUGGUGGAGCGAUGCGAUCUGGUGGUGAUGGCCGUCAAGCCCCACCUUGUGGCCGACGUCCUCCAAGAAAUCUCCGACUUCUUCACCACCGACAAAAUGUUUGUCUCCAUAGCAGCCGGGGUCCCUCUGGAGGUCCUGGAAACGAAUUUACCCGAGGAGACGCGCGUGCUAAGAGCCAUGCCCAACACCGCGUGCCUAGUUCACGCGGGGGCCACAGUUAUCGCCCCUGGAAAGUUCGUCCGGAACGGAGACGCCUCCCUAGUCCAGAAAUUGUUCCAGACGGUGGGUCUGUGUUACGUGGGGACGGAGGAUCAGCUGGACGCUGUGACGGGACUCAGCGGAAGCGGGCCCGCUUAUGCGUUUGCAACAAUUGAAUCUCUGGCUGACGGUGGAGUCAAAAUGGGCCUUCCUAGGGACAUGGCCACAAAAUUAGCCGCCCAGACACUCUUCGGAGCAGCAAAGAUGGUGUUGGAGUCUGGCAAACAUCCGGGACAGCUGAAGGACGAGGUGUGCUCCCCCGGGGGCACCACCAUCACGGCCAUGCACGAGCUGGAGCGCGGGGGGUUCCGAGGGACCAUCAUGGACGCCGUGGAAGCCUCAGCCCUCAAGGCCAAGGAGAUGGGGGAGUUAGAAGUACAGAAACAAGAGGAGAGAACUCAGGAGAUGGAGAACGAACAGGCUAAUGAGGAGCAGAAGAGUGAGGAGAAGAAGAUGGAGAAGGUGGAGAAGAAGGUCAAGAUGUCUUCGCCGCAGUGAAGCUUCUGAUGGUUAGGUUCCGGGUUCCGUUAUCGGUUGGAUUUUUACUGAUGCGGGACUGUGUCACCCAGGUGUGUGAUACAUGUGACCACUUAAAUGUUGUAUCAGAAGACCAAGCCAAUCUUGUUUUCAUCUCACUUUACAUAAUUUAUCAUUAAUGACAUUGGCAUAGUUGCAAUUUUUUAAAAUUAAAUAUUUAUAAUCAUAAUUGUUGUAUGAUGAGAGACAGAAGAAGCUGCAGAACGUUGGAAGAAGCCUUUCUACCGUGUCAUAUUGAACAUAUUAAGACAUUGUUAUAAGCACAUUUUUUAAAGAUCGAUUUUAAGUUAUAUGAAAAAUCAACACAUUUUUUCUGGAUUAAAUCAAUACUUCCGGUUUGUGAUGCGACACUGUCUGACAGUGUUGAGGAAUAUCCCGAGUGCAAUACAAUGAUGUCAAUGUCUACACGCGGUCUACACGUACAACGCAAUUAAACCAUUUCUCGGAAUGAAUCCGAAUCAUCUGUUUCCAGGAAUGCCGGGAGCUACGAGUUGUGUAAUAGUCUUGAAUUAGGACUGCCAUAUUAAAACAGCAAUUAUUACUUUUUAUCCAAAGAGAAGCGGAGUUACCGUUCCUUAUUCUACAUUUGUGCCAGACUUUAAGUACCAUGUGCGUCAAUCAAAUGCUCAUGAAAUGAACCGAUCUAAUUAUUUUUAACCGAGUGAAGGAACUGCCGAGAUCUUGCUAGUCAAUAUCUGUCGAUGUGUCCUUUGACGAGUGUGUUUCGAAGUUUCAAAAUGUGAUAAUCAUAUCUACAGCAAUUCGACAUUUUUGGUUACUGUAGGUAACCAUCUGUAUUAUUAUUAUUAAUUUUUUUACAAUUUUGAUUUAAUGACACUUGUCUUAGUUUAGAGUUUAUUUUGUAAAUGCCUUGUUUAUUCUGUGUUUUGAAUUAUUAUAAUUAUAUUAAAUGUUCUACUGUUGAAGUGUUGAAGCUAUGAAA